CCGGAGAGCUCGCGCCGUCGGGACUCCCGUAUGAUGAAGCGCAGCGGAGCGCGUCCCGGUAAACAUGGAGCGUUUCUCGUAUUCUCGCUGAUCCGUCAGGGGAAAAAACAACGCGAACGGAAGGAAUAAACUUUCGGGAUCCUUCGUUCUGACGCGGUAAAAAAAAGCCUCAUGCUGCUAUGACCGCGGCGGCUCAUGAGCGUGUUUGAAUUUCUGGAGAUGGAUGGAAGAGACUCGGCGGUUGUGACCGUGAGGAGCAGAUUACCCAAAGAUCCAGGGGAAGUGGGCGGAGUCUGUAUGGCGAAUGAAGACUCCUCCCCCUGCAUUAGCCAGGGGGAGGGGCCGGAUUACGAGCGACUUGAGGAUGUGCUUUGUGAGCUUGGAGCAGGGGCGGAGCUUAACCUGGAGCUGGAUGUGAGGGUGGAGCCUCAGGAUGCCAAGAUUACGCAGGGGGAGGAGCUUAGCUGGGAGACGAACCGAAAGGAGGCGAACGAACUGGAAGAGCACAGCAACACGAGCCGCAGUACAGCCAGUCCUGAACCUACAGCAGCCUCCACAGAUCUCUGCAAAGCGUCGCCUCUGUCAGAGCAGCUCCUGCAGGGCCGUGAGGAGGGGGCGGGGCUAAACAUGGAGUGUCGUAUCUGUGGAGACAAAGCGUCGGGAUUCCACUAUGGCGUUCAUGCCUGUGAGGGCUGCAAGGGAUUCUUCCGGAGGACCAUUCGAAUGAAGUUGGAAUAUGAGAAAUGCGACCGAAGCUGUAAGAUCCAAAAGAAAAGUCGGAAUAAAUGCCAGUUCUGUCGAUUUCAAAAGUGCCUGAUGCUCGGGAUGUCCCAUGACGCGAUCCGAUACGGACGGAUGCCGGAGGCGGAGAAGCGUAAGCUAGUCGCGGGUCUGUUAGCGGGGGAAAAGAGCUCUCAGACCUCCAGCGGUUCAGAUCUGAAGUCUCUCGCCAAACGGGUCAACAACGCCUACCUGAAGAACCUGAACAUGACCAAGAAGAAAGCUCGCAACAUCCUGACGGGGAAGACCAACGCAAGCCCGCCGUUUGUCAUUCAUGACAUGGACUCGCUGUGGCAGGCGGAAAAUGGGCUGGUCUGGAAUCAGGUGAUUAACGGAGCUCCGCCCAAUAAGGAGAUUGGCGUGCACGUGUUUUACCGCUGUCAAUGUACGACGGUGGAAACCGUACGAGAACUUACGGAGUUCGCCAAAAGCAUCCCCGGAUUCAUUGACCUUUUCUUGAAUGACCAGGUGACGCUGUUGAAAUACGGCGUCCACGAGGCGAUCUUCGCCAUGCUGCCGUCGCUCAUGAACAAGGACGGGCUGUUGGUGGCGAAUGGGCGGGGCUUUGUGACGAGAGAGUUCCUCCGCAGUCUUCGCAAACCCUUCAGCGAGAUCAUGGAGCCGAAGUUCGAGUUUGCGGUGAAGUUUAACGCUCUCGAGCUGGACGACAGCGACCUCGCCUUGUUCGUGGCCGCCAUUAUCCUGUGUGGAGAUCGUCCGGGACUUAUGAACGUCCACCAGGUAGAGGAGAUCCAGGACAGCAUCCUCCAGGCCCUCAAUCAACACCUGCAGCUCAAUCAUCCCGACGCCGGCUUCAUCUUCCCCAAACUGCUGCAGAAGCUCGCAGACCUGCGGCAGCUGGUGACGGAGAACGCGCAGCUGGUGCAGAAGAUCAAGAAGACGGAGUCGGAGACGUCGCUGCACCCGCUGCUACAGGAGAUCUACAGGGACAUGUACUGACCCAAACCAUUCCAGGCACGCGGACCAAUCACUGUGACCUACUGCUAUUUUUAUAAAACACUUUGGAUUUUAUGCGACUGGAUGAUUUGUUACUGAUGAAAUGCGAACUGAACUCUGAACCAGACCAGCCAAUGAGAUUGUGCAGGUCAAAGAGACGCAAUAAAGACCCUCAUUUGCUGCUCAAAUCUGCCUCACACAUGCGUCACACCUUCUUUAACCACCUCAAACCGCAAAUAUUCUCAACUUUAAAUCGCUGCAGUGCAUUCCUAUUUACAAUGGGGACGAAUAUGUCUUUGUCUUCUUUAGUUGUUUAAGGUUGUUUCUUUUUCUUUGGGGGGGGGGGCUGAUAAGAUAAGACACCUGCGAAUUACUGUAGCGCAACAUGAAAAACGUUUUUGCCAACUGACGUUAAACAUCAAAGGUUGUUGCUACUAGUAAAAUAUGUUUUGCUCCGUCUAUUUUGGGUUGGUUCUCAGACUAAUAAUGUUAAAUUUUAUUAAUACGUUCUUUGUGUAACGGACGUAGGCCGGUAAGAGCUGUGCAUGUAAACCUCACUCCUCUGAUCUCAAGAGGCACUCUAGCGACUGACGCUAGAGACUGCAGUCUUUAGCCUCCUUGUUAGAGGGCCCGCCUCCUAUGCCGGCGUACCCGGGUUCGAGUCCCGCUUAGAGCGGGCGGUUCGAACAGGAGGGGUUACAUUUGUACUUUUGUUAUGCUGCUGUUUGCAAACCUCGAAGGCCAAAAACACACUACAUAAGCACGCUAACAUUAUUAAACGAGAUGUGUUAUUUAGCUACUAGCUACAUAUAAACAGUUUAACUAACUUUAUCUAACCUGUUUAGCAAGAUUGUUAAAUGUUGCGGCAUCUUGACCGUAGUUGAGCUGACUGUAGAAGAAGAACGAUUGCGCUAAUGUCUGCUAGUGCCCCUUGUGGGCGAAACUGAGAAUGCAAGUACAAUUGCAAUUGUUUUCUGACGCAUUUCGUAACAAAACCCUUCGCGCUUCAUUCAGCCUGAAAAACACAUUUUUAAAAAUAAUCCUUCACACUUUAAGAUAUGCAAAUUAGAAGGCUGAUGAAAAUCCAACCAUAUGUUCUGCUGGUCCGAGCUGGUUUAAGAUGGUCUCCCAGCCUGACCAGCCAAAAAGUGCCCAAAAACUCUCAAAAACCAGCUAGGAGACUAGCUAAGACCAGCUAACUAGCGCAGACUGGUUUUUCUAGCAGGGAUCUUCCCUAGUCGCUAUCACAGCACCUGGACAACGUUAUUACAACUUUUAAAACCUCAAACUUUCCAUUUUUUAAUUGUUUUUGUUUGCGUUUCUGAGAAAUGUACUGUAAUCACAUUUAUAUGAGAGUUCAGAUCAGUGAUUGAAUAUCUGACUCCAGAGUUUAUAUAAAUAUUAUUUAAUUACGCUUUAUUAGCCCCAAUGGGAGUGUAUCGAUAUGCAAAGCUGUUCCUGUAUUCGCUAUGACCUUUGACCCUAUGCGCAUUGUAGGCCUCAGUCUGAUGUCGUUUCCUGUAUGUGUCAUGGUCGUGCUGCUAACUGGUUCCUGUAGACAUGACAUGCUGUGAAUCUGUGCGUUCUGACCGGAGACAAGUGCCGGUGAAAUGUGUCCGUGUCUUCCUGUCGGAGGGGCCAUUUGUUUCCUGCUAAUGUGAACGAUGUGGACACAUUCCUCCAUCUGAACUGACUGAACUGCAGGGUGAUGUUUUCUACCGGCUUUUGUAAAACAUCUGAAUAAAACCACAGGGUAAAACCUCA